CCACACUAAAACUCCCAUAAUUCCGGUAACAAAAUGAACAAGUUGUUUUCCAGAUUGUACAGAUUAGAACAACAAACUUCGUGUUACUUGUUUUCAAGUCGGCAAACAGCAAUAACACUUUCUGCAAAUUGCAAUAAACUCGAAAGCAAUCGUAGAUAUAAGAAAAUGACGAAUGAAAAAAAUGUAUAUGUUACUAGACCUGAUGUGGCGGCCAUAGGUUUAGAUUUAUUAAGAAAAGAAUGUAAUGUCACCACAUGGAGUGAACCAAACCCAGUGCCACGAGAAGAACUUUUAAAACAAAUCAAAGGCAAAGAUGCUCUCUUCUGCGCUCUUACCGAUAAAAUAGAUGCCGAAGUUAUUGCUGCCGCCGGUCCUCAGCUGAAAUGUAUUUCAACCAUUAGUGUGGGUUACGAACAUAUAGAUUUAGAGGCCUGUAAAAAGAAUGGCAUACGUGUUGGUUAUACACCCGAUGUUUUAACCGAUGCAACAGCCGAAUUGACUUUGGCUUUGUUGUUAUCUGUAAAUAGGCGUUUGUUGGAGGCUAAUAAGGAAGUCUAUAAUGGUGGUUGGAAAUCUUGGGCCCCCAGCUGGAUGUGUGGUCAGGGUUUGAAAGGUUCUCGUGUGGGCCUCUUUGGUUUUGGUCGUAUUGGUCAGGAGAUAGCCAGUCGUUUGGUACCCUUUAAACCUUCUCUUAUCACCUACACCACACGCACUCAACGCCCCGAAGAAGCCAAGAAAGUCCAAGCCACCUAUGUAUCUUUCGAGGAAAUGUUAAAAGAAUCUGAUUUUAUUAUAGCCUGUUGUGCCCUAACACCCGAAACUAAGGAAAUUUUCAAUUCUUCAGCUUUUGGUCAAAUGAAAAAUAAUUGUAUUUUUAUAAAUAUAUCACGUGGUGCUGUGGUGGAUCAAAAAGCUUUGUACGAAACUCUUAAGCAGAAACGUAUUUUGGCGGCUGGUUUAGAUGUUACCACACCCGAACCCUUACCCUUGGAUGAUCCUCUCUUGACUUUGGAUAAUAUUGUGAUUUUGCCUCAUAUCGGCAGUGCCGAUAUAAAUACUCGCACCGAAAUGUCACGUAUUACAGCUGUUAAUAUUUUAACCGGUCUUAAGGGUGAAAAAAUGUUGGCUGAAGUUACAAUUUAAAUAAGCAGGGGAAUUGCGAAUUCAGCAAGGAGUUAUUAAUAAAGUUUACAAGAAUUUUGUAGCAA